AUGUCUAAAGUAGGUGCAAACAGUUUAUAGAUAUUUUAACAUUUAUUAAAUGCCUUAGAGGUAAACUCAAAUGUUAAGUUAAAUAACCAAAAUCAUCCUAAUUUUAAGCUCUAGAAAUAUAAUUCUUACUUCGAUUUGCAAUUAGAUAACGAUGUUAAAAGUUAUUUAUUUGCUUAUCCUGAUGCUCAAAUAAAUUAGUUAGAUUCUAACACUAAUCUAUCUCAUAACUCAAGAGCUUUAAGUAUCGUGGAAGUAUUGAAGUAUUUCUACAUCAAAAACUAAUCGAAUUCUAGCCCUAUCAAAAGUAGAUCCUAAUUUUUGGAAUUGUGCAACCAUUUUAUGGUGGCUUUGAACUCAAACAGAGUUUACAACAAUAUUUAGUAAGUAAAAUGGAGUGAAUGGAAUGUUUACUGGAGUACUCCUGAUCACAAGGCCAUUUGCUAUUCUAAUUGCUCAGGCUAAUGCACAGAAUCAUGUGCUGGAGGAUAGUGUAUAUAUUACUUCCCACAAAAUGAGCUAAAUAACCCUAAUUUACCAGCUAAAGAAAAGUAGGAUCCAAACAAUUCAUUUAAUGACAGCUUAUUCUAAAUUGCAAGUAUUUUCAAUAUUUUUGUGUAAGAAGAAAAGAGUAAUUUUGAAAGCUUCUUCUUCUUUACAUAAAAAUAAGAAGUAUAAAUUGACUAACUCGUUUAAAAACAAAACGAAAUUUAAGUAGAAUUUUUGUAAGGAAAUGUGUUAGGACUAGGAUCAUUGGAAGAGCUGUAUAAAUUAGAAAAAAGUUAAAUUAGAUCAUUAAGUAUACUCACUUUACUAGAAAAUAGCUAACCUAAGGGAGAAGAAGAAAGAAAAAUACUCUAUGACUUUAUUUUGAGUUUGCAUAACUUAGUUUCAUUAGAAAUUCAGCUAGAAGAAGGAAUUUACAGCAUAAUAGAAGAAGGUUCAUCAUAAGACCCUCAUGAGCUUGCUUUUUAUAAAGAAGUUCCCCCUGCUGUAGUUUAAAAUUUUGUUACAUUCUUAACAUCAUUAAAUAUUGAAAGACUUUCAUUAAUAUUAGAUGAAUUUUGCUUGUAAGCAUCAAUAGAUUUGAAUCCAAUUAUUUCUCAUCUAUCCUCUUUGAAAUUAAAACUUAAAACUCUUCAAUUAUCAAUUAAUCAUAGAAGGAUGAGCAACGCAUAACAUAUUCUUUUAAACAUUUGUAAAAUGCAACAACUUGAGCAUUUAAAUUUAAAGAUAAAAUAUUAAUGGUCUUAUUUCCAUGGUACAUUUGGUUCAAUUGAAGAGGAUUUCAAUAAAUGGGAAGUUUAAUUAAAAUCUUCAAUCAAAAACUUAAAGUCAUUAAAAAUUGAAUGA